AUGUCUUCAAAGAUUAAAAAGAGUAAGAAAAAGUCUUCGUUACGGAAAAGUGAUUCGAAUGAAUUGUCAAAAAAAAAGACUCGACGAAGCAGUACAGCAUCAACAACAAGCGACAAGACAGAGUACUAUUCGUUUUCAGCUGAGAAUGAAACAUUACAAGAUAUUUCUUCCAAGCUUCGCGGGAAACUGAGAAAGUCCGAUGAAAGCGAAAAGCUACUACUGCGCAAGUCUAAGCGAAACAAAAGUUCCGAUGUAGUGGAGGUUAUACCCGACGAGAAUACCGAUGAUUCUAGUAAAAAAGAGCCAUCAGAUGCUUCAGAUAUUUCUUCAGGUACCAUUGAGGAAUCCAGUUUUGAAACAUUAUUGGAACUGAAUAAAGAAAAUAUUCCAGAAGAGUCGAACAUUCCGCUAGAGUAUUACCAUGAACUGUUAAAGGCUGAGCGACGAGAGAAUUCGUUGAAGCUUAAAGAAGCCAAGAGAGAUUACAAAGUGCGAAAAGAAAAGCUUUUAGCAGAGGUGCGACAACUACGGGAACGAUCAGUCAAGAAUGAAGAAAUCAAAGACAUUGAAGUUACUGCUAUGAGAAACCAGGUCGAAGCAUUAAAGAACCAAAUUAAAAUCCGAGAUGAUGAAAACGAAGAGUUAAAAGCGCAAAUAGAAGAAAUGAUCACAGAGGAGCAGAUGAAGGAGUACAUGCAACAGGCUAAAAAAGAAAUGGAGCAACAAGUCAAGGAAGAACUUGACAAGCUGCAAGAAACACACCAAAAUGAGCUCAUUGCAUUAGAAAAGAAAAGUCAGGAGAGCAUGCGACAACUUAACGGCGUACACUUGGCUGAGAUUGAAGAUAUGCGACGCGACUAUUCAAGCGUUGCCAACAAGAGUCGCCAUGAAACGCAUGUAGUAACAGAUUUGGUGACACAACUUGAGGAAGAGCUCGAAAAGCAAAGAGAAAUUGCAGAAGAUGCAGAUGAGGAGCGACAACUUGCGGUAGAGAAGAUGAGCAAGGAGCUCAACUUGGCCUAUGAGAAAAUCAAGCAGCUGGAACAAACUGUGCGGGACAUGGAAAUUCAGCAUGCAAGGGCCAUGUCGCCUUCCAAGUCGAGAUAUAUGAGUCCAACACGACAGCAUCCCACAAGCCCAACAAAGAGUCUGGGGGCUCCUGGAAGUUCAGGCUCAUCUGAGCGAUCGUUACGAUCUGCCAUUGCCGAGCUCCGAGCGCGUAUCAAUAGGCAAGAAAUCGCAAUUACCCAAUCCAAGAUUAGUAACGAGAAGCUGGUACAGGAAAAGGAAAAACUGAAGGCAGUGUAUGAAAAGAAACAAGAAACAAUGCGCAAGAAAAUUAAAGGUUUGGAAGGUCAGGUAGAUCAUACGCGUGGCGGAAAAAGCGAAGAGCUGACCCAGCCAGCAAGAACUCGCGGGGUUUACACGUCGCCGGUGGUCCAGCGGUCUUUGGGGACUGCGCAGGCGCGGGCUGCUGCGGCACAAGACCGGCGGCGUGUGAAUCCUUUGAAUCCUGCUGCUGGGCUUCUCGAUUCGCCAUUAGUUUUUUCUAGUUCCAAUUUACGAGGAGGUGAGCCGCCCGGGUCUAUCAAAAUACCACGAUUUUCAUCGUUUUUGAAGCGCAAAAACAGCGACGAAGAUACCGAGAGCAUGGAAAAAUCUUUAGAAGCAGAAGCAAACGCAGAAGAAACUUCAGAAGAAAAUGAUGAAUCUGCAGAAUACCGAGAUUCCCUGGGAGCUUCGCCCUUAGAUGCGGCGCGUGAGAAACGUGUGGGUGCUGCUAGUGUCAAUUCAAGAACAGCGAUGCUGGCAACGCAUAUGACAAGCUUCGAGCCACAUUUAAUAGAAGAUGAAAGUAGUUUGACAGAUGCUGGUGCUGUAGGCGGUGGGGUUACUCAACGACCCAAAAAACGUCAACGCGUACAGUUGCGCCGACAACCUUCGGUUGGCGUUCAGCUGAGCACAGCAAGCCGGGCAACAUCAGAAAUCGAGGUGGAUGAAGACGGGUUACACAUGACGUCGGUUGACUAUGGGUCUGGGGUCACAGCAGCUGGCACUGCCGGCGCAGGCACUGCCUCAGGAACGACAUCUGCCGGCGGAUCUGCACUCGGAGCCAGUUUGGGGACGAUUGGGAGUGCAGCGGCCAGCGUGGUGGGGCGGCUACGUACAGGUGGCGGGCUGUAUGCGCUAGGACUGGCCAAGGCAGCUUCUGCCAACAUUUUUCAGUCGUCCAAAAAACCUGGUACUGGCAGUAGUCUCUCUUCUACAAAACCACACCAAGCCAAGCAAGCGCCGGAACCUUCGAAACCGGUCGUGGCUACUUCUGCUGGUACUACUUUGCGAGAAACACGCAAGGAACCGGUACAUGGUACAUCUACAGCUUCAAAACCAGCAGUAACAUCGUCUCGGGUAACUGCACGGCUUGGAGGGACUUCGAUAGCUGGUGCACGGCCGGGUCCGACACAGCGAAUAGCGUUUGGAAGUCCAAUCAAGACGCGAAUUGCAUCGUCUAAGCGAUGA